GCGUCCUUAGGAGGCUAAAACACGAGCACUUAGCGCUCAAGGGUGAUCUUCGUUUUCGGACCAUCGGCGAGCGGAAAAGAACCAACUCGCACAAACGGAGUCGCGGAGUCGCAGAGGCAUCGAAUCCCAAUCGAUUCCAGCUGUUUAUUUCAUGUAUCGAAUCCUCUCUUAAAGCUAACAUCUUGCAGUCGAAGAUUACAAAUCCAAUCUAGUAGCAUUUUUUUGGACACGAUGAGCGGAUUUGGAAUUUUUAUUUUAACUCUAGGGCUUCUAUCCUCUAUCGCUCAAUCUCUUCGUUUCGAUCUUCAAUCUGGCCACACCAAGUGCAUCGCGGAAGAUAUCAAGAACAAUGCCAUGACAGUCGGGAAGUAUAGUAUCGUUAAUUUCCACGAGGGUUAUCCGUUGCCCGAUUCGCAUAGGAUCACUGCGAGGGUUACUUCUUCUUACGGCAACAAUUAUCACUACGGGGAUACCGUGGAGUCUGGACAAUUUGCUUUCACUGCCGCUGAGUCUGGUGAUUACAUGACUUGUUUCUCUGUUCUUGACCACCAUCCACCUGUUACGUUGACGGUUGAUUUCGAUUGGAGGACUGGUGUUGCAGCGAAGGACUGGUCCAAUGUUGCUAAGAAAGGGCAAAUCGAUGUCAGUAACUAUAUCUCAUCUCCGUUUUCUUCUAAACUUCUUUUUCCUGGAUUUGCAUUCCUUGUUAAUUAAUUUAUUGAGUUCAGCCCCUUCAACAUAUUCGCAAGACUAUAUCUAUGGUGUGGGAAAACCAUCAUGGGCCUUUUGUGUAUGAGCCUCUGAGGUUAACCAACUGAUCAGUGAUUACUACAUGCUGAAUGCCCCUUCAGUUAUCAGUUGCAUUGACCUUUCUUUGUGGUUGCAAAAUUUUAGUGCCCCCUUUACACAACACGAGAGAGAGAACAACAAGAAGACAAUGAGGGCCAUAUGCCCCAGUCCAUAGCCACCAGGAUCCAUUUAGCUGAUGCCAACUAGUUGGAACAAGUAUUAGUUGAGUUAUAUAUUGUUAUAAUGAGUUGGGUUUAUACUUUAACAAUUUGAUUAGCUCCCCUCCUACUACCCACUGCCCCGAAACAAAUUACAUAAAAACCUAUUCUUUUCACUGCAUCAUCAUCUUGUAUCUGAAUUUUGAUAAAAUGUCCUAUGUGACAUGUCAAAUUCAACCUCUAUAAUCAGCUUUACAUCCCUCAUCAUUACUCUGGAGAUGGGGAUGUUGAUUUUCUUUAAUGUUUUUGAGCCAUUACAUUUGUUGGAUGUGUGAAAUUUACGUGAACUUCUAGAUCCCAGAAUAAAGUUAUCAAAAGUAAUAUUGUUUGCCGAGGUCUUGGGAUCUACUUUUCCCUAGAAGCAUUUUUUGUUGUUUUGUGACUAGAUUUGAGUACGGGCUUCUUUUUUUUUUCCAAUGGUUAAUGUAAACGUUUACUGGGGACAAGAAACCUGAGUGAUGUAGAACUAGGAUUGACAAGGCCAACCUAAUCCCAAACUGCAGGAUACUUAUCAAAGAACAACCACAAAUAGAUCAAGGGUCAGGAUAUCGAUCUCAGGAUUUGAUUUUCUGGGGUCAGAUCAGAACAGGUAUAAAAGGGCUAGCUUAGAUGAUGAAACAGGUUAGUAACAAUACGGAAAAUAUGUCUGAACACCAAAAGAAUCAGAAGCAAACAGAUCUAUGCUAUCAAUUUCAGUCUCAGGUCUGAAAACAGGAUAACAGUCACUACAGGACAGAAUUGAGGGGAUUUUCAAUAACUCAAAAUCAGGUAGUCCAAUAGGGCUGUAAUUUUGGUCGAGUCUCACACUAGGAGAGGUGCAUCUUCGAUCCAAAUUUGAGCCUAAUCCGAUGGUUGGUCUGUCCAGGAGAGAGAAGGAUUGGAGAGCAAGAAAUUCUGGAAUUUCUGGGCAGAACUAAUAAAAGGACCAGAUUCAGUUACCUGUGAUGGAUUGAGGUUGAAGUUGCAGGUCUUGAACACCUUGAACA